UUGUUUACAUUCUUUCGCAUUAGGUAACAGCGCCAGCAAAACAAUGGCUGACAGUUAACCGGGUCCGUAUAAAAACCUCUUGAAACCGCUUUUACCUCUCCGCUGUCGGACUGGACCACCAUGGCGUCCCCGCUGCUCGUGCUUCUGUGGUCGGGGCUGGUGCUGCCUUUCGCGGCGGCGGCUCCGGCUCGUCCGCGGGUCGCCGUGGUGGAGGUGUACGCGCAGCAGCGGCUUAGCGGCACUCUUCUCCGCGGGGAGGUGGUGACCGCUAGCCGAGUAAAGAGUAACGAGGGCCCCGACGAUGAACCGGAGAGCCUGGAGGGAGAACUAGUUCUGAUUAAGGACUCGGAGCCGCAGGUGAGCGGAGAUGACAAGGAGGAGGGGGAGAUUUGGAUCGGCGUGAUGCCCGUGGAGGACCACCAAGUGUCCGCGGGGAGCCGGCAGCAGGAGUCCUUCACCGAGGCUGUGGUCAGCAGGAUGAAGCGGGCAUUGGUGCUCGGAGCAUCCGCGCUCAUCAUCCUGGCUCUCAACCAAAACACAGUCAGAGAAAUGGAUCUGUCGCCGGUUCUUUCCAAACCUGUCAUCGUGAUCCAGACGUCGGAGAACGUCACCAGGCUCCUGGGAGCAUUGCUCAGGGGCCUCCAUGCGACUGCUAAGAUUACCUUCGGCAACAUCCUACCAGACAACCUGGGCGCCACACUGACACUGUGGUCGAGCUGCGGGCGCUCCAGAGGGGGGCGCUAUGGUGAGUGGCAGGGCGUCAUCUGCACGGGGGAGACCAACUCGCAGGUGCAGAAGUACCUGCAGCGGUUGUGGGACACCGUCCUAUGGGUGGCGCUUUUCCUCAGCACCGGUGUCAUCCUGCAGGCCCGCUGGCAGAACCACGACCGCCAGAUCAACGGCAACAUGGAGUCUCUCCCUAAACAGGACGUUCAGAGGACCAUCUCGUCCCUCCGGACCAAAACCUAUCGAAGGCCCAAAGUGCGGCGCGACGAGACAGACAACUGUGCAGUCUGUCUGGAGGCCUUUAACCACAACCAGUGUCUUCGUGUGUUGCCGUGUCGACACGAGUACCACCAGGACUGUGUGGACCCCUGGCUGCUGCUGCAUCACACCUGCCCACUGUGCAAGCGCAGCAUCCUCGUCUGGUUUGAAGCUGCUACAAAAAAGGACAAACUCCGACUGCAACAGAUUGCCUGUACCCCCCUACCCACCCUUGAGGACUUUUACGCUCCCAGAACUAAGACAAGAGCAUGCAAAAUCCUCCUGGACCCUCCACAUCCUGGUCACCACCUCUUCCAGCUCGUUCCCUCAGGUAGGCACUACCGAUCAAUGCCAACUAAAACAAGCAGACAUUCCAACAGCUUCUUCCCCCUUGCCAUUGACAUCUUAAACAGUUAAUUUACAAUCCCAUUGCAGCAUGCUGCCAAUUUUGUCUCAAGUUCAUUGUCACAUCUCUGUCGGGCCAAUUAUACAUUACUCGUGCACUCACUGUAAUAGUCUCGAACACGCUACACUAUUUGAAUAUCUGUUGUUGACCAAUACUGUUCCACUCAUGUGCCUGAGUAGCAUCUGCAACAUUUGCACAAUCAACAUUGUCCCAGAUUAUCACACUACCAGUCACUUUGAACUGCACACAUUUCUGCGCUCAUUGCACAACGGACUAUUGUUCUAUUAGUCAUUUCAAACUGCUAUACUUGCUAGUGGACUGCAUCUUUUUGCACAUUAUCAAAAAAAAAAAUUUUUUUUAUUUUUUUUAAUUGUACCGGCAUUACAUUACUGGUAACCUUUUAUUGCUCAGUGACUGUGUUUUUUAUGUCUUUAUUUCUCAAAAGUAUUCUCUUGUCAAUUGAAUGUUGUCGUACUAGAGUGGAUACAACUACCAGACAAAUUCCUUGUGUGUUUUUGACAUACUUUGGAAAUAAAGAUGAUUCUGAUUACUUUCUCUCUCAUUUGUUCCUAAAUUUCUUUAAAUCUCAGUAUGAUGUCUAGCUUUUGAGGAUCUUUUGGUCUACUUUACUUUGUCAAGCAGGUCCUAUUUAAAUUGUUUCUUGAUUGAGAACCAGUGUAGUAGUAUCAGGCCUGGAUGUGGCUAGAGAAAUUUAACUGGUAUGAUAAACCAGUUAUGUUUUAACAGGAUUGACUGGCGACCAGUUCCGGGUGUACCCAGUCUCUUGUCCAGAGUUGGCUGGGAUUGGCUCCACCGUGCCCAUGACCCUAGUGAGAAAACGCGGUACGGAAUAUGGAUGCAAGUUUUAUCCAAAAACUGGAUUUCGUGUUUGUGUUUUCUUUGACUAAUAUUUAAAUUUGUUUGAUGAUGGGAAACAUUUAAGUGUGAAAAACAAGCAAAAAAAUAAAUCAGGAAGGGGGCAAACACUUUUACACCAAUGAAGCUGCAAAAGGUGGACCGACGUCAUACUGAACCCUAUGCAUUAGAAAUGGGAUGUCACUUUCAUAUGUGAGUCAAGGCAGGUGAACAAAUACUUUCGGCAAUGUAGUGUAUGUAAACACGAACGAAGCCUAAACAUUGAAUAUUGUCCUCUUUGGUGACAUCUUGUCUUUAAAAAAAACCCACUAUAGACGUUUAAAGUUCCUACAGUUGCAUUGUCAUGCCCCACUUCGCCAUUCACCUGAACUGGAGGACAUGCUUGGACCCGUUUUGCUGACUGCGCAAGUAGGUUGCGCAUAUACAGAGCUGUACAGGUUAUGGCGUCACAGUGGUUGAAGAAGUUUUUAAAUGAUUAGUCUUGGUUUCAUUUUUUUAAUAUCACAGAAACCUGGCAUUUGAACAAGGAUGUGUAAACAUUUUAUUUCCACUGUAUACUAGACAAAUGGGUGACACUUUUAUUGCAGAAGUUGUGACUCUUCAUCCUAAAAUGUGAGCGUUUGAUGAUUCGCCAUGAAAAACAAAACAUCCCCGGAGCAAUUUAGAAAAUAUUUGCAUCCAGCACCAGUGUGUCAGAUUUACACCAAAUUUGGCACUUGUGUUGAUCACGACAGGACGCAUGAAAAUCAAUGUAGAACUUAUGCUGUGAAAAGCACAGGUAUUCGGCCAUUUCUGAAGUUCGUCCGAUUUACUAACUUGUUUCCUCCUUAGGCACCAUCCGCAGUGGCAAUUAGUGGUCAUCGUGGGAACACUCCAAAUUAUUAGUAUUUUUUACCCUUUUGUUAUAAGGACCUGGAUCAGAAACUGUUGCGUGUCCACAGCGAUUCUUCUGGGAAUUUUUCCCACAACCAGGACAGUGGUUUUGACACUGCUUUUUCAUCUGCCACCACGGAAAUCUCAGCAGGUAAAUUUGGCACUGGCCGGUCCCAAAUUUUGUCAACACACUGUCAAAUUAAAACAUCAACUGUGUUUUAGAUGUUAAAAGUAUGAAUCAGGUUUGAGACCUUAUUCAAGUAUUUAUUCUAAGCAUUUUCAUGUGCUGUGGUUACAAAGUGCUAACAGAUCAGGUCCAUGUACAAAAACUGGUGAGUUGUGGUUUGUGAUUUGAAGGCGCAAACUGGACGACAAGGUCAAUGCAAUAAACGUCUACU